GGAAGCCCGGCCAGGCGAGCACAUCUGGAAGUGGUUUCAGGGGCCGCCUCGCCCCGCCGCCAGCGCAACGCCCCGACUCCCAGCUGCUCGGCGCAGGGGUGGAGGAAACCCGAGCCGCUCCGAGGUCUUUGCCAGCGAAGGGGAGGAGGCGGGGGCAGGAACCCGCUUUUGGAAGCGCAAUACUGGCCGCGGGGCCUCCAGCGCUUCGGGCUUUCCAAUGGGACGUUAGAAGCAGCCGAAGCCGCCCGGGCCCGCCGGGAGCCGCGCGCUCUGCCCCGCAGCUCUGGACCCAGGCGCCCUCCCGCUCACCAGGUCACAGCUUUCGUCUGCGUGAACACACAUGGCUUUGUUACGAAAAAUUAAUCAGGUGUUGCUGUUCCUUCUGAUCAUGACCGUCUGUGGGAUUCUGUAUAAGAAAGUCCAUAAGGGGACCGUGCCCAGGAACGAAACAGAUGAGGACUCGGAGCCUCCUGAGGAAAUGGAGGACGAGAUUCCUGUGGUGAUUUGUGCCGCUGCAGGCAGAAUGGGCGCCGCCAUGGCUGCCAUCAAUAGCAUCUACAGCAACACUGACGCCAACAUUCUGUUCUAUGUCGUCGGACUCCGGAACACUCUGUCUCGAAUCCGAAAAUGGAUUGAACAUUCCAAACUAAGAGAAAUAAACUUUAAAAUCGUGGAAUUCAACCCAAUAGUCCUCAAAGGGAAGAUCAGACCGGACUCUUCAAGGCCAGAAUUGCUCCAGCCUCUGAACUUUGUUCGCUUUUAUCUCCCUCUGCUUAUCCAUCAACACGAGAAAGUCAUCUAUUUGGACGAUGACGUCAUUGUGCAAGGUGACAUCCAGGAGCUCUAUGACACCACUCUGGCCCUGGGCCACGCGGCCGCUUUUUCGGAUGACUGUGAUCUGCCCUCGGCUCAGGACAUGAACAGAUUUGUGGGGCUGCAGAACACGUACAUGGGCUACCUGGACUACAGGAAGAAGACCAUCAAAGACCUUGGCAUCAGCCCAAGCACCUGCUCUUUCAACCCCGGCGUGAUCGUUGCCAACAUAACGGAAUGGAAGCACCAGCGUAUCACCAAACAGCUGGAGAAAUGGAUGCAAAAAAACGUGGAGGAAAAUCUCUACAGCAGCUCACUGGGAGGAGGGGUGGCCACCUCCCCAAUGCUGAUUGUGUUUCAUGGGAAAUACUCCACAAUCAACCCCCUGUGGCACAUAAGGCACCUGGGCUGGAAUCCAGAUACCAGAUAUUCGGAGCAUUUUCUGCAGGAGGCAAAACUACUCCACUGGAAUGGAAGACACAAGCCCUGGGACUUCCCGAGUGUUCACAAUGACUUAUGGGAAAGCUGGUUUGUCCCUGACCCCGCAGGGAUAUUUAAACUCAAUCACCACAGCAGCUGAUAAUGACAUUUUAUAUAUUUCCUGUAUGAAAAUGUGGAACUGUCCAUUCAUAGCCCUACUAUAUCUUUGUUCUUGAUGGACAGUACCUUUGGUACAAACGAUCCACAAUGAAAAGCACAAAGACUACUGUGGGCAAAUGGUAUCCUGGAUUGUGUAGGUGUUGAUUCCUUAAGUAUGGGGCCAGGGGGUGAUGGUCACAGAGGGGGGCACUUGUGGGGAGAGUAUUAGUGUUAUAUGGAAACCAAUUUGACAAUAACUAUUAUAAACAUAAAUAAAUGACAAUAUCCAUAAAAAAAAGUAUUAAGUGAUAAUCGCAGGAAUCAAGAUGAUGUGAGCGAGCUAUGUUGUGGGAAGGAAAUACAUCCACCUGGGUUCCGGCAAUCAAUUUGCUUACCUCUCAAUGAUAGCCUGUAUCCACAGGUUUCUCAAAUUUCUCAAUCUGUUUUUCACAGGUAGGUAUUUUUUUUUUUAACAGGUUGCCAGGCUUCUCUUUUGUAAAACAACAAACUACACUCAAAACAUGAAUGUACGUAAAAAUAAAAUACUGGCAGAUUUUUAAAUGAUUUGCAGUAUACAUACUAUUCUACAUGUUAAACAUUGUACAAGGUAGACUGAUACCAGGUGUAAAGGGGGAAAGAAUCCUAGUCACUUCCGCCGCAGAAAAACCUGCAACUUGGCAUAAUCGUUCUUGGUAUUUUUAUUGUAAAAACCAUCAGACUUCCAAAUGAAUUGAAAAACCUUUCCAAUAUUAUUUAAUGAAAAAGUCUUAAGUUGUCACAUAUAAGAUAUAUCAAUGUUUACUACUCAUCUGCCGAAUGUAAUGAAAAACACCAUUGUUGUGUGCUUGGAAAAUGCUCAAAUCCAUUCUCUAAUGAGUGUCCAUUAUAAUUUAAAGGGUAUUUUCUCCACUCAAAUUAAAAAAAAGAAUCUAC